AUGUACGGCGCUGGAGCAGGCCCUCAGACGGGCGUAUCUACGCCGCGAUCGAGCUCAUCUCUCCGCCCCCUCACCAUCGCUCACGGCAAGCUCGAGACCUCCUUUCUCGUCCCCACUGGCCUCCAUUUCCACGCCUCUCAGUUGAAGGAGAGGUUUACCGCCACACUCCCCGCACCCACAGACGAGCUAGCACAGGAUGACGAACCAUCAUCCGUGCCGGAACUCCUAGCGAGGUAUAUGGGAUUCAUCGCGAACGAGAUUGAGACCGGAGAAGAUGACGCCCAGGGGUCCUAUGAGGAGGUCCUCAAGCUUGUGCUAAACGAAUUUGAGCGCGCCUUCCUCCAGGGGAAUGAAGUCCACCCCCUCGCUUCUACGCUUCCCGGCAUCGACUCCAAGAAGCUAGAAGUCAUCCGCUGCUACUACGCCGGUCGCUCGGCCGCAAACCGACCCGUGAAGCCCCACCAGUCCGCCCUUUUCAGGGCUGCCGACGAUAAUUCGGCGCAGAUUUAUACCAUUUUCGGUGGCCAGGGCAACAUUGAGGAGUACUUUGAGGAGCUGAGGGAAAUUCACAAGGUGUACUCCACCUUUGUUGGCGAGCUGAUCACGGCGUCGGCGGAGCUUCUUCAAUCGCUUUCGAAGCACCCCGAGGCUGAGAAGCUCUACCCCAAGGGCCUCGAUAUUGUGGCCUGGCUACAUAAUCCUGAUGCCACACCCGAUGUCGACUACCUCAUCUCCGCGCCUGUGAGCUUCCCGCUCAUUGGUCUGCUCCAACUUGCCCACUAUGAAGUGACCUGCAAGGUCCUCGGCGUACAUCCUGGUGUGUUGCGUGACAGGAUCCAGGGCACCACUGGCCACUCUCAGGGUGUCGUUGUUGCUGCGGCUACCGCUGCUGCGAGCUCUUGGGAUUCGUGGCGUGAAGUUGUCACCAAGGCUCUGACGAUCCUCUUCUGGAUUGGCGCACGAAGCCAGCAGACCUUCCCCAGAACCUCUAUUACCCCGUCCAUGCUUCAAGACUCUAUCGACAAUGGUGAGGGUACGCCGUCUCCUAUGCUUAGCAUCCGAGACCUCUCCCAAGCUGAAGUCCAGAAGCACGUCGAUGCGACCAACCACUAUCUCCCCGCCGAUCGCCACAUCGCUAUCUCUCUAAUCAACAGUCCCCGAAACAUGGUCGUGACGGGCCCUCCCAUGUCCCUCUACGGUCUCAACUCGCGCCUACGGAAAGUCAAGGCGCCUACUGGCCUCGACCAGAACAGGAUUCCAUACACUGAGCGCAAGGUCCGGUUCUCCAACCGUUUCUUGCCAAUCACCGCUCCUUUCCACAGCAAGUACCUUGCGGCGGCCACGGAUCUGAUCGACAACGACUUGCGCGAUGUGGAUAUUGACUCGUCGUCCCUUGAUAUCGCACUGUACGAUACCCAUACUGGCAAGGACGUGCGUGAUGGCGUCAAGGGCAACAUUGUACCCGCCUUGAUUCGCCUUAUCACACGGGAUCCCGUGCAUUGGGAGAAGGCGACAGCGUUCCCCGAGGCUACCCACGUUUUGGACUUCGGACCUGGUGGCAUCUCUGGCAUUGGUAUCCUCACGAGUCGCAACAAGGACGGAACCGGCGUUCGUGUCAUCCUCGCUGGAGCUGUCCAGGGCACUGUCCCCGAGGUCGGAUACAAGUCGGAACUGUUCGACCGUGACGAGGAGAAUGCUGUCAAGUAUGCUAUUGACUGGGUCAAGGAGUUCGGUCCCAAGCUUGUCAAGACUGCGAGUGGCCGCACAUACGUUGACACCAGGAUGAGCCGACUGCUUGGCCUCCCCCCUGUGAUGGUGGCUGGUAUGACCCCAGCGACUGUCCCGUGGGACUUCGUCGCCGCUACCAUGAACGCUGGCUACCAUAUUGAGCUUGCUGGUGGUGGCUACUUCGAUCCUCGCAUGAUGACCACUGCCAUCCGAAAGAUCGAAGGAGCCAUUCCUCCUGGCCGUGGCAUUGGCGUUAACCUCAUCUACGUCAACCCCAUGGCGAUGGCCUGGCAGAUUCCUAUGAUUGGUCGUCUUCGAGCUGAAGGUGUACCCAUCCAGGGCCUGGCUAUUGGAGCUGGUGUGCCUUCCAUCGAAGUUGCCAACGAGUACAUCCAGACUCUUGGCCUCAAGCACAUCUCAUUCAAGCCCGGUUCCGUCGAUGCUAUCCAGGCCGUGGUAAACAUUGCUAAUGCCAACCCUACCUUCCCUGUUAUGCUGCAAUGGACUGGCGGCCGUGGUGGUGGUCAUCACUCUUUCGAGGAUUUCCAUCAGCCCAUGCUUCAGAUGUAUCCCCGUAUUCGCCGAGCUGAAAACAUCAUUCUCAUUGCCGGCUCUGGUUUCGGUGGUGCUGAGGACACCUACCCCUACAUCACUGGCGAGUGGUCGAAGAAAUUCGGCUAUCCGCCCAUGCCUUUCGAUGGCUGCAUGUUUGGCAGUCGCAUGAUGGUCGCUAAGGAAGCACACACAAGCCCUGAUGCUAAGAAGGCCAUCAUUGCCGCUCCUGGUGUUGAUGACUCCGAAUGGGAAAAGACCUACAAGGGUCCGGCCGGAGGUGUCCUUACCGUGCGCUCUGAGAUGGGUGAGCCGAUUCACAAGUUGGCGACCCGUGGUGUCCGCUUCUGGGCCGAGAUGGACCAGAAGAUUUUCAGCCUUCCCAAGGAGAAGCGCGUUGCUGAGCUGAAGAAGAACCGUGACUACAUCAUCCAGAAGCUCAACGAUGAUUUCCAAAAGGUCUGGUUCGGUCGCAACAAGGCUGGAAAGGCGGUCGACGUCGAUGAGAUGACCUACGCCGAGAUUGUCCGUCGCAUGGUUGAGCUCCUCUACGUCAAGCACGAAUCCCGCUGGAUCGAUCCCACUUAUAUCCGCCUCACGGCCGACUGGAUCCAGCGCGUUGAGGAGCGCUUCACGCAGACCACGGGCAAUCCGUCUGUCCUGCAGAACAUGGCAGACUUGAAGGAGCCGUUUGAGACUGUCGAGCGCGUUCUGGCCGCUUAUCCCGAGGCUGAGACUCAGAUCGUCAACGCCCAUGAUGUCGAGCACUUCCUUCUUCUCUGUCUCCGGCCUAUCCAGAAGCCCGUACCUUUCGUCCCUGUAUUUGACGACAACUUCGAGUUUUACUUCAAGAAGGAUUCUCUCUGGCAAUCCGAAGAUGUCCAGGCCGUGCAGGGCCAGGAUGUUGGCAGAACCUGUAUUCUUCAGGGCCCUGUCGCCGUCAAGUACUCGACCGUCAUGGAUGAGCCUAUUAAGCAAAUCCUUGACGGCAUCCACAAUGGUCAUAUUGCCGGUCUCACGCGCGACAUCUACGGUGGUGAUGCUAGCCGAAUCCCUACCGUAGAGUACUUCGGUGGUAGGGUUACGGAGGCCGAGAUCCCCGUUGACUUGGACUCCCUCACGGUGUCCUAUGACACGCACAAGAACACUUACCGCUUGUCUUCAUCGGCCACGGCCGCUAUGCCCCCGUUGGAAUCUUGGCUGGCCCUUCUAGCGGGUCCCAAGCGCAGCUGGCGCCAUGCCCUUCUGCUCUCCGACGUCAUUGUCCAGGGUCAGAAGUACGAGACCAACCCCAUCAAGAGGAUUUUCUCCCCAACCAAGGGCCUCUUCGUCGAGAUCCAAUACCCCAACGAACCCCAAAAGACAGUCAUUAUUGUCAGGGAGCAGCCGAGGCACAACCAUUACGUGGAUGUCAUCGAGGUCAAACUUGAUGGUCCCAACGAGAUUGUUGUCAACAUGAUUAAGGAUACCACCGCCCUCGGCAAGCCGGUUCCUUUGCCUCUGAAGUUCACGUAUCAUCCUGAUGCCGGCUAUGCCCCCAUCCGAGAGGUUAUGGAGGGCCGUAACGACCGCAUCAAGGAGUUCUACUGGAAGGCAUGGUUCGGCGACGAAGCCUUGGAUCUUGAUGCGCUCGUCACCGCCAAGUUUGACGGUGGCCAGGCUACCAUCACCGGGGAGGCGAUCAACGACUUCAUCUAUUCCGUUGGCAACAAGGGCGAGGCUUUCGUUGAUCGGCCCGGCAAGAUCAUGUACGCGCCCAUGGACUUUGCCAUCGUCGUCGGAUGGAAGGCCAUCACCAAACCCAUCUUCCCGCGCAAGAUUGAUGGUGAUCUGAUCAAACUCGUCCACCUCUCCAACGAGUUCAGGAUGAAGCCUGGUGCGGAGCCUCUUAAAAAGGGCGACGUAGUGUCUACCACUGCCCAAAUCAACGCCGUCAUCAACCAAGAGUCCGGCAAGAUGGUUGAGGUCUGCGGUACCAUUGUUCGUGAUGGCGAGGCCGUUAUGGAAGUGACCUCGCAAUUCUUGUACCGCGGCGCUUACACCGAUUAUGAGAAUACCUUCCAGCGCAAGCUUGAGACUCCUGUCAAGGUUCACCUCGCCACCACCAAGGAUGUCGCCGUUCUCCGAUCCAAGCAGUGGUUCAUGGCCGACGAGAUGCCCCAGAACAUUGAGCUCCUCGGCCAGACCCUGACGUUCCGUCUGCAGAGUUUGGUGCGAUUCAAGAACAAGGAUGUCUACAGCAGCGUCGAGACUCGAGGCCCUGUCCUUCUUGAGUUGCCUACCAAGGAGAUCAUUCAAGUGGCUAGUGUUGACUACGAGGCCGGCCUAUCGCAUGGCAACCCCGUCAUCGACUAUCUCAGCCGCAACGGUGUUCCCUUGGACCAGCCGGUUCAUUUUGAGAACCCUAUUCCUCUGAGUGGCAAGACUCCUCUCCAGCUUCGCGCUCCCGCCUCGAACGAGAAUUACGCUCGUGUCUCGGGUGACUACAACCCUAUUCACGUUUCUCGUGUCUUCUCCAACUACGCCAAUCUCCCUGGAACCAUCACUCAUGGAAUGUACUCCAGCGCUGCCGUGCGUAGUCUCGUCGAAACCUGGGCGGCUGAUAACAAUAUUGGCCGAGUCAGGAGCUUCCACGCCUCGCUGGUCGGCAUGGUCCUUCCCAACGAUGACAUUCAGGUCAAGCUUCAGCACGUUGGUAUGGUAGCUGGUCGCAAGAUCAUCAAGGUCGAGGCCAGCAACAAGGAUACUGAGGAGAAGGUCUUGUUGGGUGAGGCCGAGGUUGAGCAGCCCGUCACCGCCUACGUCUUCACUGGCCAGGGCUCUCAGGAGCAGGGUAUGGGUAUGGACUUGUACGCAAGCAGCCCCGUCGCCAAGGACAUUUGGGACCGUGCUGACAGGUACCUUCUCGACAACUACGGCUUCUCCAUCACCAACAUCGUGAGGAACAACCCCAAGGAGCUCACCAUCCACUUUGGUGGUCCUCGCGGAAAGGCCAUCCGCCAGAACUACAUGGCUAUGACCUUCGAGAGCGUAUCCAGCGACGGCACCGUCAAGUCUGAGCGCAUCUUCAAGGAGAUCGAUGAGACCACCACCUCGUACACCUACCGCUCGCCCACCGGUCUUCUCUCGGCCACUCAGUUCACUCAGCCCGCCUUGACGCUCAUGGAGAAGGCCAGCUUCGAGGACAUGAAGUCGAAGGGUCUGGUGCCUCGUGACAGCACUUUCGCCGGACACUCGCUCGGUGAAUACUCGGCCCUUACUGCCCUUGCGGAUGUUAUGCCGAUUGAGAGCUUGGUGUCGGUUGUGUUCUACCGUGGUCUGACAAUGCAGGUCGCGGUCGAGCGUGACGCUGCGGGCCGCUCGAACUACUCGAUGUGUGCCGUUAACCCUGGCCGUAUCUCCAAGACGUUCAACGAGCAGGCACUUCAGUAUGUUGUCGACAACAUCGCUGAGGAGACUGGAUGGCUCGUUGAGAUUGUCAACUACAACAUUGCCAACAUGCAAUACGUCUGUGCCGGUGAUCUUCGCGCCCUCGACACUCUUACUGGCGUGACCAACUUCCUCAAGCAGCAGCAAAUCAAUGUCGAGGAGAUGAAGGGCAAUAUCCCUGAGGCUAAGGAUGCUCUCCGGAAGAUUAUCCGCGGAUGCGCCGACGCUACUCUUCGCAAGCCUCAACCCGUCGAACUCCAGCGAGGCUAUGCCACCAUUCCCCUCCGGGGCAUUGAUGUACCCUUCCACUCGACCUUCUUGCGGUCUGGUGUCAAGCCGUUCAGGUCUUUCCUCCUCAAGAAGAUCAACAAGACCACGAUCGACCCGGCCAAGCUUAUCGGAAAGUACAUCCCCAACGUGACCGCCAGGCCAUUCGAGUUGACCAAGGAAUACUUCGAGGACGUUUACAAGUUGACCAACUCUCCUCGCAUCGGCCAUGUGCUGGCCAACUGGGACAAGUAUACGCAAGAUGACGCGGACAGUGAUGACUCCAACAGUGGUUCCGAGACUCGGGCCCUUAACGGAGUGGAAGUUGAGCAGGCCGGUGCUGGGGCCGCCGCUUAA